CGUGUAACAAAGACGUUCCAUUCCAGAAUUCAGACGCGCUGUACAAUCUUUCCAUGGUUCGCCAUUUCUCAUCACAAUACCGCUCUAUUUUUAUUUUUUCUAAUAAAGAAAUGCUUUUUUUGGCGCCACAGGGCAUACGACGGCGCCGUGCUGUCGUCCAAGGCGGACGUCGUGGUCGCCGUACCCAACUACAGGCUCGGGCUGCUGGGCCACUCCGCGUGGAACGAGUCCGAGUUCAUGUCCCUGGGUCUGGGCGACCAGCUCACCGCCGUCCGCUGGCUGAGGGAAAAUGUGGGCUUCUUCGGCGGCAACGCGUCUCGCCUUGUUCUCGCGGGGCACGGAGCAGGAGCCGCGUCCGUCGGCCAUUGGAUGCUCAGCACGCAACCCGAAGUCGCAGACGUGCAGCGCUUCAUCAUGAUUAGCGGGAGCCCCUACGCCCGGUACAUGAAAGACGCUGACGUGAUUGCGAUGAACAUGCGCACUCUUGCCCGCCGCGUCCAAUGCGAGAGCUACGACGAGGUCACGACCGCCGAGGAGAUUAUUCCUUGUCUCAGAAGACUUCCGUCCUCGGUGCUUGUGCCACGGCUGACGGGGCUGAACGGACGCGUCACCGAUACUUCCAGAAGCAUGGAUGACAUUCCCACUGCACAAGAGCCGAGUGUUGUCGGACUGCGCGGGUCUCUGCUUCUGGGAACCACUCCCGAUGAGGGUUACCACUUCGUGGGCCGGAUGACGACGCUGCACAGCGUGCAUCAAGAGUGGAUGUUGCGCUGGCUCACUUCUCAGGGCAUAGACAACGCCUCUGUUCUUUUAAACGAUUACGAGCGAGAGCUAGGAACGACCAACUCCACGGUGGUGUGGACCGAGGCGUACGCCGACGUCAGGUACCGUUGCCCCGUGCGUCGCUUCGCCGAUCGGAUGGCCAGCAGCGGCGUGACCGUGCACCGGUUCGUGUUCGAUGCGAAACCUUCGUUUGAAGAGGCGAACGUUCGAGGCGAUGAGGCCGGUCACUACACUACCGUGCGUCUCCUGCUCACCGACCUCAGCAGCGUGCGCAUUACCGAUGAGGACACCGCCGUUCGGAACAGCUUCGUCAGGACGCUCGGCUUGUUUGCCAACACGGGGCAAGCGCUUGCCGAGGACCCUGAGCGGGAACGAGUGGCCGCCUUACACCUCGUCCACUAA